UUCAGUUGCUGUAAUCAUCUUGUAACCCAAGUUUUGCAACAGUUGCAUGGAUCUUUCAUCAGACCUCUGUGCCCUCCUUUCUUUCCAAGCGCCAUCGAGUCGAUGUAAACAAGAUUAAAAUUGGAGACGGCGACCCAAAGCAUAUUUAUCCACACGGCACGCCAGCACCAGUGAGAGCGGAAGCGGAGCAGCACUCAGACGCGCCAUGGAGACAUGGCGAAUCUUCUUCGGCGUGAUCCUCUUCGCCCUCCCGCUGACCCUCCUCCUUUUCCGCAGCGGUAAGACCGGCGGCGGCGCCCGGCGGCCCAUCCCGCCUGGCCCGCCGUCCUUUCCGGUGCUGGGCAGUAUGGUGUGGCUGACGAACUCGCCCGCCGACGGGGAGUCCCUCCUCCGGCGUCUGUUCGCGCGGUACGGUCCCAUCGUGUCGCUGCGCGUGGGCUCCCGGCUCUCCAUCUUCGUCGCCGACCGCCGCCUCGCGCACGCCGCCCUCGUCGAGCGCGGUGCCGCUCUGGCCGACCGCCCGACCCUCGCGUCCGUCAGGAUCAUGGGCGAGAACGACAACACCAUCACGCGCGCCAGCUACGGGCCCGUGUGGCGCCUCCUCCGCCGCAACCUCGUCUCCGAGACGCUGCACCCGUCCCGCGUCCGACUCUUCGCGCCCGCGCGCUCCUGGGUGCGCCGCGUGCUCCUCGACAAGCUGCGGGACGAGUCGCCCUCCGGCGGGGCGGCCGUCGUGGAGACGUUCCAGUACGCCAUGUUCUGCCUCCUCGUGCUCAUGUGCUUCGGCGAGCGGCUCGACGAGCCCGCGGUGCGCGCGAUCGCCGCCGCGCAGCGCGACCAGCUGCUCUACAUCACCAGGAAAAUGGCCGUCUUCGCCUUCUUUCCGUCGCUCACAAAGCACCUCUUCCGCGACCGCCUCCGGACCGCGCACGCCAUGCGGCGGCGGCAGAAGGAGCUGCUCGUGCCGCUGAUCAACGCGCGGCGGGAGUACAAGAGCCGCGGCGGCAAGCCCAGGAAAGAGACGACGUUCGAGCACUCGUACGUGGACACCCUUCUCGACAUCAAGCUCCCCGAGGAGGGCGACCGCCCGCUCACCGACAGCGAGAUGGUCAUCCUCUGCUCCGAAUUUCUCAACGCCGGGACCGACACCACCUCCACCGGGCUGCAGUGGAUCAUGGCCGAACUGGUCAAGAACCCAGAAAUCCAGGAGAAGCUCUACGAGGAGAUCAAAGCGACGACGGGAGGCGACCAUGAAGAGGUCUCCGGGGACGACGUCCACAAGAUGCCUUACCUCAAGGCGGUGGUUCUCGAAGGCCUCCGGAAGCACCCGCCGGGGCACUUCGUGCUGCCGCACAAGGCGGCGGAGGACAUGGAGAUCGGCGGUUACAUGAUACCCAAGGGCGCCACGGUGAACUUCAUGGUCGCCGAGAUGGGCCGGGACGAGCGGGAGUGGCAAAGGCCGUUAGAGUUCUCUCCGGAGCGGUUCCUGCCAGGAGGCGCGGGCGAAGCGGUGGACGUGACGGGCAACCGGGAGAUCAAGAUGAUGCCGUUCGGCGUGGGGCGGAGGAUCUGCGCCGGGCUGGGCAUCGCCAUGCUCCACCUGGAGUACUUCGUGGCCAACAUGGUGAGGGAGUUCAAGUGGCAGGAGGUCGCCGGCGAGGAGGUGGACUUCGCCGAGAAGAACGAGUUCACCGUCGUCAUGAAAAAGCCGCUGCGUCCACGCCUCGUGCCCCGUAGGUCUUAGAAUAAAGGAACUUCAGCAACUGGCAGUCGUAUCGGUUCGAACGAUUAUUCGCGCUUUCCUUUAAUAACUCAUGUUGGGAGUGAGUUGUUCCUAAUUGAUUCUCGAUUAGAACAUCUCGAAUACAAGAAGAUGUAAAUUGAAAGAUGUAAAACUAGG